GUACUAAAAAAAAAAUUAGAAAAUAUCUAUGUAAAAUAUGGAACGCAGAUAGAUUAACAAAAAAGGCAUUUGUGUGCCACCCUUCGAUCGAUCUCGUAGUACAAAAAGCUAAAGAGUAUUCCCUAAAUGGAAGCCGACUCGUAUGUACGACGGAACUGAUAUAGAUGACGAUGAGACCUUGGAAGCGUUUUUAGAGGAGAAGGCUACGUUAUUGCUCUUAAAUACUGAAGAAAAAUGGACACCCGACAGGAAAUUUAUUGAUCCAGCUGCCGAAAUCCACCCAAUAAAUUUCCCAAGUACACAGCCGUCUCAAACGUCUACUAUUUUUAUGUUAUCGGAUGAUGAAAUAAAAAAAAUUUCUCAAACACAAUCCAUCAACAAUCCUACAAAGGAAAUCCUGCAAAAUCAGAGUUCCACCUCAGAGGGCAUAUGCGCAACGCCACAGGGACAACAAAACCUGGAAAACAUCGAAAAUGAAAGCGUUUUAUUAAUAUUUUCCGAAGAUGAUUGUAUGAACAAUAGCCCGAAUAUUUCCAACAUGGAUUCAGAAAACGCCAGGCGGUCAUAUGAUUAUUCUUUCAAAGCAAAUCCUCAAGCGGUUUGUGAUAUGUUUCAAAACUUUGAAAUUCCAUGGGCUAAAUUACCGAAUGAGGUACUUAACGCGAUAAAAAAUUAACAAAAAAUAGGUAAACUUUUGAGGCCUUUUCGAACGUAAUAG